AUGUCUGAUUCGUCCAGUUCGGAAGGAGAGGAGAUUGAGGAGUCUGUGCCGAAGUCCGUUGAACAUUCAACGAACAAAAAGCACCAUGAUGCUGUAAUUGUUGGUGGAGUGGAUAUGACUACACAAGCCCUCGCACUCGCUAAAAGGACCUCACAUCAUUCCACGCCAGGGCGUCUAGUAGAUCAUCUUGAGAAUACCAAAGGCUUUAACCUCCGAGCUCUCAAGUAUCUUGUCAUGGAUGAAGCUGAUAGGAUUCUUAAUAUGGAUUUUGAGGUAGAACUGGACAAAAUACUGAGGGUUAUACCGAAAGAUCGACGGACGUACCUGUUUUCCGCCACAAUGACAAAAAAGGUGGCGAAAUUAGAACGUGCAUCUCUAAAAGAUCCAGCUCGAGUAGAAGUGUCUACUCGAUACAAAACUGUGGACAAACUGAGGCAGCAUUACCUUUUCAUCCCGUUUAAAUACAAAGAAGCUUAUUUGGUAUAUCUGUUGAAUGAACUAGCUGGGAAUACUGCGAUCGUUUUUUGUGCUACUUGCAAUGGAGCUAUGCAGAUUGCAAUGCUCUUAAGGCAACUAGGAAUGGAGGCAGUGCCACUACAUGGACAAAUGGGUCAGGAGAAACGACUGGCUUCUUUGAAUAAAUUCAAAAGUAAAGUUAAGGAUAUUCUAGUAUGCACUGAUGUUGCAUCAAGAGGUCUCGAUAUUCCCCACGUAGAUCUCGUUAUAAACUAUGAUGUUCCAUCUCAAUCAAAGGACUAUAUUCACAGGGUGGGACGAACAGCUCGUGCGGGAAGGGCUGGACUCGCCUUGACUCUUGUUUCGCAGUAUGACGUUGAAAAGCUGACAGAGUAUCCUUGCGUAGAAAAAGAUGUCAUGUUACUGGUAGAGAGGACGCAAGAGGCAAAUGAAAUGGCCGUCAAAGAGAUUAAAGAGAUAGCAGAGAGGAAGAAGAAAGGGAAAAAACGAGGUUUUGAUGACAUUGAUGAUUCUGAGGAAGUUCCAGCGAAGUUCAAGAAAUCCUUGAAAGGAAAGAAAGGCGGUGGAAAAGUAAUACGGAAAGGGCCCAGAGUACGAUGA